GCUCAUUCCUGGCGCCUGAAUGCUUCCGGCUCAAGAGCCGCUAUGCCCGACUAGCGUGCAGUGCGCACGCCCGGGAAGCCAUGGAUGAUCUGGAUUUCGACCUUCUUCAGGCGAAGGUCUUGGGCGCAGAAAGCAGUCGGCUGAUAGCUCAAGGCCGCACGGGGCUGCCGCCCGCGGGCUGGUCCCCCGCAGCAGCCUCGGCCCGGCUGCUGGGCGACGGCGCCGGGCUGCCCGGCGCCGGCGGAAGCGGCGGCGCCGGCGGCCGGGAGCGCUUCGGGCAGCUGAACGGCAGGCUCGCUUUCCUGCUGGAUCGGCUGGAGGCGCGGGUGCUGCGCUCAGGCCCGCCGCCCAAGAAGGCCCAGCAAUCCGCGCCUGUCCUGCACCUCUACGAUGAGGACCCCAUCGAGCUGGCGCCGAGAGGAGCUCAGACGGAGUCCGAGGGGCCCUCGGUGCCUUUUAGGCUGACCGAGGCCAAGCUCUGCCGCGAGCCAAUUGGGGACUGCCACUACUUCGGGCGCCUCAAUUUGAAGGUGACCAACGUGGCAACCACCACGGUUGCGCUGUUCGCGUCAUGAAGCGGAUGCAGCGAUCGCAUGGCCGUAGAUGGCCAGCUGCGGACGGGGCCGGGGCGGCGAACAGC